UUGAACGAUAGGCAGAUGGAGCGACGCCAAAACACAUGCGAAAUCUUGCUCGCCAGACAAAAAAGAAAGUCGUUUCUGCAUCGGAUUGUAACUGGCGAUGAGAAAUGGAUAUAUUUUGAGAAUCCUAAACGCAAGAAAUCGUGGUAAUCGUCGAUCCACAAAUAGGAACGAGAGAAUGAACAUGUCACUCGGAUCGCUCGGAAAGGAAUUCAAAACCCUACAUCGAGUCAAGAUUUACAAAAUGACUGCCAAACGGGACAUACAACAUGCUGCUCGUGUUACUUUCUUAGAAGUUGCCAACGAAAUAUUCAGCGAUGGAAUUACUUGGUCUAAAAUCAUGUCAUUGUUCUCGUUUGCUAGUGAAAUGACUGUCAUUUGUUAUAGAGUAAAUAUUACGGAAAUUAUCAAUGAAAUUCAAUAUAUGAGCUCAACAAUUCUGCAAUUUCAUUGA